AAAGAAGAAAAGGAAAGAGUGUAAAUAACAAUUCCACUUCAAAGUUCACUGUAGGUGUCAACCAGACACUAGGUCAUCGUCUCCUCGUAUCCACAUAUCCAUUGUCCAAUCAUGUGUUUCUGACGUCAUUAAUGUCGGAUGGCGCGUUUUCUCAGCCUCCAAACAACAACCGACCUACCCCUAUGUAUAUUUGUCUAUGUAUGCAUGCAAGUCAACAGUUUCUUCAUUUCUGAUGACUCUGAUCUGAAUAACCUGCAGUACCCAUGUCAGAAUCGGGUGAUAGAGUGAGCCCACCUUGAAGAAUGAAGAAGCUUCGUCCAAGAAUACCCUGUUCUGUUGAGCUUGAAGAUGAAAGAAAUGGUCCAGGAAAUGAUUCAAGACAUGAUAUUUCUAUUUGAAAAGGAAAAAGAAAUCGAAAUUAGGCAGCAGGGAUUCUUGGGGGCGAAGUCACUUUCCCAAAUCCACAUUGAUUUUGGUUCUUGAAGUACGGCUGAUGCAGAGGAAGAUAAGUUCUUGAUUUAGGUAGCGCUUGUGUUAAGGUAGCUGAAAAUUUGUUGGAAGAGAUGGAAUCUAAGCAAAUCACGUCUAGUGUUAUUGCAAGAUUGAUGGGUCUCGAUGAAUUGCCACCUCGGCAGCCCAUCCAUAAACAGCAAAGAGUGCUAUCUGAGAACUAUCUGAGGAAAACUGCAUCUAUAGGUGUCAGGGAGAAGCGUUCUUCUUAUGAAGGCUGUUCAUUCAGGAUGACCGCUGAAAAGCAUCAAGAAUUUAAGGAUAUUUUUGAAGUGCCAUCAAUACCAAGGAUGGAUAAGCAUCAUCAUCCAUCGCCUCCAAAGGGGAAAGGAUGCUCAAAUUUGACUGGAGGGAAUGUGGCAUUGCAGUUCACGGAGCCAAAAUGUCUAUUGAUGAACGAGACGCUUCAGCGCUCUAAGGAAUUUGAUGAUACACCGGUAGUGCUAGAUUCUAGCAAUGAUCUUUUACUGGGAAAUCUUCAGGAACAAGGUUCCUUUUUCAUUAAGCAUCUUCAUAAUGUGCAAGGUGUUUCUCCCUAUCUCCAGUCUGGUAAUGUUAGAGGCUUAAAGGCAUCAAAUGCUUCUAGCCAUAGAAAAAAUGAAAUAUAUGGGAGAUUGGAGAGGAGAACUGAACAAAGAGAUGCUUUAAAAUCAUUUCAGAAACCUGGGAAUGAUCUUGUUCCACGCUCCCACGAGGAACUUGGUGCUAAUUAUUCUCAUAAUUUGUCAAAGUCUCGAUUGCAGUCAGAGGAUGACAGAUGCAUCUCCCAUACAAGGAUUGUUGUUCUGAGACCAAAUCUUGGGAAGACACCAGAUACAAGAUCUCUUGUUUCAACUACUAGUCAUAAAGGUUCUCAGUCAAGUUAUAGGAGGCAUAAAAAUAUACCUCAUUCUAAAAACGAGGAAAUGCAUGUUGAAGCAAGAGAAAGGAAAGCAUUGGGGAGUGGCAUGGAACCUUUUGGGCAUGGAUCUAGAGUUUCUGGGGAAACUGCAAAUGUAAUUGGCAAGACAAUGAAGCAUAUUGCAAGCAGCAGUUUUACCAAUGUAUCGAGAUCAGGAUUCGGAGGUGAUGACACCUCUUUGAAUGAAUUUGAAGUUAUGAAGCCCUCUUCCCCAGAUUUUAUUAAUUGGAAGAACCGACACCAAAAAUCAUUUUCUUACUGGAAUGGGUUUUCUGUGGCCGGAGAAACCAAGAAGCAACUCUCAGAAAGAUGGAAGAUGACCAAAAGUUGCCAAGAAAUUGGGCUGGUUGGUAGAGGCAGUACCCUGGGUGAAAUGCUUGCCAUGCCUGAUCAUGAAACAAGGCCAAGAAAUUUGGAUUGCAAGCAUGGUAAGAAUAGCCAAAGCAAUCAAUUUGGUGCAAAUGAUGGAGAUGUGAACUUGUGUACUCCUUUGGGCAUUAGCAGUAAGGAUGGUUGGAAGGAUGGAUGUGUCAAAAGUUCUCCAAAAUCCGGAUCUCUUCCUGCUUCUGCUUCCAUUGGCAGUCAUAAACCCAUGACUGGAAAUGAAGUUCUUCAUUGUGAUUGGUAUAUGACACCAGAAGAGGCUGUUGAUGGGGAACCACAAAAAUCAGGGAAGCAGAAUUCUGACUUAAAUGACCGUUCAGGACCCAGAAACUCAAGAUUAAGCUCUCAGAAAUCUGUGUCCAUUCCUUUCUUGGAUUCAGAAAAUAAUCAUACUGCACAAGAAGCUUGUGUGAUCUUGAGUGAGCUGAAGCACAAAAUUGAGGAGAGUAAUCUGUCUGAACAAAGUUAUGGGGUUCCUAAGUUUAUGAGUAGCAGUUGCUCUUGCUCUGAUUCAGAAAGUAAUCACACAGUACAAAAAACUCAGGUGCUUCAGCCUGAGUUGAAUGAUUCAUUUGGACAGAAUUUGCAGGUUCCUGAGUCAUCAAUUGUUAAUGUUGCCUCCAUAAGUGCAGUUGCUGACAUUGUGGCUUAUUCUGAAACAGAGGAUAUUGGUUUGUCGUUUGGAAUCACCAAUGAGCAGCAGUCUAAACCAAUGGCCAGCAUCUUGUUGGUGAAAGAUGGAGAUUCUGCUAGCUGUAACUCAGUUGCUUCAAUUCUGGAGGAAGGAUCAAUUGGAUCCCCUGGUGGAAGUUCAGUUUCCUCACACUGCACUGGAACAAACCCAGAAUCUUCUGUGAGCUUGGAGGAGGCUUAUCAGCCAAGUCCAGUUUCUGUUUUGGAACUACCAUUCAAAGGAGAGAUUUCAUCUGGCUCUGAAGGCUUUGAGAGUGUCAGUGCUGACAACUGUGGUUUACAGAUGCAGCUUCAGCUUCUCAAAUCAGAGUCCCCAGAGGCAUACUCAGAAGGGCCUGGAAUGGUCAUCUCAAGUGAUGAGGACACUGAGGAAGAAUCUAUUGGUCUUUAUGAUGAAAAAAGAGAACCAAGGGGAUUAUCCAAAGCCAGAGAGAGUAGGGAUUUCUCCUACCUAGUUGAUGUUUUAGUCGAGGCAGGUUUUUGUGGAAGCGACUUGGAAAUGGACCUUGAAACAUGGCAUUCUCCAGAAUGUCCAAUGAGCCGUUUGGUGUUCGAGAAGUUAGAGAAGAAGUAUGGUGAGCAGACAUCUUGGAAGAGGUCAGAAAGGAUGCUCCUAUUUGACCGUAUAAAUUCAGGGUUGAUGGAAAUUCUCUGGCCAUGCACAGAGAUUCACAUGUGGAUGGGAUCUGUGACAAAAAGAUUGAGCUUCAAGCUGAGCCAGGAAAUGAUUGAGGAGGAGCUAUGGAAAAUCCUUGCCAGUCAAGAGAAGGAAAUGAACAAGAAUUUAUCUGGGAAGGCAUUGGGAAGGGAAACACGGUGGUUAGAGUUAGGAGACAAUAUUACUAUAAUUGGUAGAGAAAUAGAGAGCUUGUUGCUUGACGAGCUAGCGGCCGAGUUCGUGAGUAUGGAGAAUUUUUGAACCAUAUAUUUUCUAUUCUUUGAUAGGAAAACAAGAAGUGAUUCUUUUUGGAGAAUAUAUUUAUGUACAUAUAUAGCAGAAUAUUUUAUCGAGUGAAGUUUGAGGCAGUUUUGAAGUUUUGAUGUUUGAAGAGGAUAUAUAAAAUUCAGUGUGGUUAUACCAGGAUGGCUUGGAAUCAAUAGACAUCCAUACGAAAAUAUACAGAUUCAGUGGUUUUUUUUGUGCUGAGUGUGGGAAGAUGCUCUUUAGUUCUAGUUGUAUACUGUAUAGACAAUACAUUUAUACCUAUGAUUGAUUCAAUAGUAUGUGCUUGUUGUUUGAUCA